CGGCCGCCCAUCUCCUCGCCGCAGCGCUCCGCCCCCUUUCCCUCCCUCCCUCCGCGAGCCUGGCGCUGUCUUUUAUCGCUCUGCUGUUUGCGGGGGUCGCUGUUGCAGCGCUAUGGCCUCGCCCGCUUGCCCUCCUCCUCCGACGUCGCCUCAGCCCGUCACUCACCUCAUCUUUGACAUGGACGGUCUCCUCCUGGAUACUGAACGUCUGUAUACUAUUGUGUUCCAAGAAAUUUGCAACCGCUUUGGAAAAACCUAUACCUGGGAUGUAAAAUCCUUAGCAAUGGGUAAAAAGACAUUGGAGGGAUUAACAAUCAUGCGAGAUGCCCUGGACCUUCCGAUAACCAUAGAAGAACUACUGCAUGAAAGUAAAACGAAGCAAGAAAAAAUGUUCCCCACAGCUGCAUUGAUGCCAGGUGUUGAAAAACUAAUCCACCAUCUACAUCAACACAACAUACCCAUAGCUGUUGCCACCAGCUCAUCUCAGGUGACAUUUGAAAUGAAAACAAGUCGACACAAAGACUUCUUUAAUUUAUUUCAUCAUAUUGUGUUGGGAGAUGACCCUGAAGUGAAGGCUGGCAAGCCAGAGCCUGAUGUGUUUUUAGUCUGUGCAAAGAGAUUUAACCCUCCUCCGCCUCCAGAAAAGUGUCUUGUCUUUGAAGAUGCCCCCAAUGGAGUCAAGGCAUCACUGACAGCGGGAAUGCAAGUGGUGAUGAUUCCAGAUGAAAACCUGAACAAAGAUCUUACGAAAGAAGCAACUCUAGUACUCAAGUCGAUGGCUGAUUUCAAACCAGAAUUGUUUGGUUUACCACCAUUUGAUUGAGAAUAGUUUAACUUUUAAAACAUUUUAAUUUAGCCAUGUUGAUUUCAGGGAAAAAGGCCUUUUAGACUAUUGUAAUCAUAUGGUCCACUUUUAUUAUUAGACUUUGCUGAAAAUCUCACUUAUUAAAAUUGCCCAGAUGGAAAGAUCUGGCAAGACCCCUUGCCCUUGAAACUUAUAGCCACUUAGAUGGGAACUCAAAACGCCCACCCAGUACUAAACACAGGAGGUAGAUUUUCAUAAGGAUU